AUGCACCGUGUGCUGCCACUGCCGAUGCAUGGCCGGCGGCCACAGCUCCAGCCCGAGGAGCCUCAAGUGUUCGACGACGACAAGCAGGUAGGGCCGCCCUCCGGCGACCAACGACAGGCCACGGCGUCAUCCAGAUCCGGUGGGACGUUAGCUGUCAAGAGUGGGCUCGUACAUACGUCGCGCGACAAUUUCGCCGUCCUCGUGCACGUCCAGGCUCGCGGGAUGACGGAUGGCGAAGCGGCGUCCGGCGACGCGCCUCUCGACCUCGUGACAGUGCUGGACGUCAGCGGCAGCAUGACCGGGGCAAAGCUCGCGCUCCUGAAGCAGGCCGUGGGGUUCGUCAUCGACAACCUCAGGCCCCAGGACCGCCUCAGCGUUGUGUCCAUCUCCUCCGGGGGGCGCCGUGUCACCAGGCUCUUGCGGAUGUCGGGCACCGGGAAGGCUACGACCAAGAGGGGCUCCAACAUCGCUGAAGGGCUCCGCACGGCGGCCAAGGUGCUCGUCGACCGCCGGCGCAGGAACACCAUGUCCAGCGUCAUACUCCUCUCCGACGGCCGGCCAGGACACCAACACCGUACGACGCCGCGGUGGUUGCGGGGCACCGCACCCAACUACGAGGCCGUCCUUCAUGUCCACUGGCAGGCACCAGAGAUUGGUCGGCGCCGACUCACACGUGUGGAUUCGGCAACGACCACGACGCGGCCUCCAUGCAUGCACGUCAUUGCUGAGGCCACCGCCGGUAGGCGAUCAUCCAGGACGCGUUCGCGCAGUGCAUCGGCGGCCUGCUCACCGUCGUGGUGCAGGACGCGCGCGUCGCCAUCGCUUGCGGGCAUCCCGGAAUUCGCGUCUGCUCGAUCAAGUCCGGGCGUUACUGACAGCCCCGCCGACGAGCACGGCCGCUCCGCUUCUGUCCGCGUCGGCGAGCUAUACGCGGAUGAGGAGCGGCGUUUCCUGCUGUUCUUGUCUGUCCCAGCCGUGAAAGUAACGGACGGCGAGACUGCUCUGACCAAGGUGAGCUGCAGUUACCGAGACACGGAUGGAGGCGCGCACGUCGACGUGACGGCGGAGGACACGGUGGUGGCGAGACCGGAACCGGAGCAUGUGGUGGACGCGGAACGCUCAACGGAGGUGGAGCGGGAGCGCGUCCGUGUGGAGGCGACCGAGGACAACGCUGCGGCGAGGGCGGCGGCGGAGCGGGGCGCGCACCAGGAGGCGGUGGAGAUACUCGAGAGCAGGCAAUGA